CAGUGGGCUAUCCGCCAGGGCGAUGGCUCGGUGACACCCAUGGCGCUAGGAUAUGAGCCCCCCAGUACGGAUGACCUUGGCCAGGAUUCCAGCACAACCGUCCUGUCAGCACAGCCCAUGUUCUUACCGGACGCCACUGAUCAGAAGUACCAGCAGCGGCUGCUCGUCAUCAUCAUGGACUACUCUGCAUGCGGCCUACCGGCCUCACUUACCGAAGCCGCCGCACGGACUGUAUUCCUAGGGGCCAACGGGGACGGCAGAGGCGGAGCCGCACAGAAAUACGAGCAGUGCUCGUACGGCAAGCUUCUAUUGAACGCCACGGCAUUCACGGCAGUAACUGUGAAUGUCAGCAGCUGCCCGCCGUUCACUCACUAUACGUACAUUCUCCCGCCGGGAUUGAAGUGCCCAGCCUCAGCUGGGACUGUGGGGCCGGGUGCACAACAUACUUGGCUGCAAACAUCGGCGUAUGGCGUGGGGAGAUGGGCGUCUAUUCUGAGCGCGACCCUGCAUAACUACGGUGGGCUGAUGGACUCCUACAAUAUAUUAUCGAGUUAUUUGGACUUAUCAAGUCCCACGGGUGCCGGAGACGUCUGCCCCAACGCCGCCGAGCUGGCCUACCUGGGCUGGGCCACGCCAGCGCAAGGGGCCAACCAGGUUGACUCCAGGGCGCUGCCUGUUGGUGCCGCCCUCAGCUUCAAUCUUCCCGCCACGUACCUGACCCCCAAUGGAACCUACAUCAGGGUUGUUCCCGACUGGCUGCCCACGUACAGCAACAUCACCCUGGCCAAGAACCUGUACAUUGCCGUACGUGUGAACAAGGGCGGUGACGCGCUAUUGUGGCCGGGGUUGGCAAAUAAAGUGCACGUCCACGAAGUCAGCGCGUCCUUGCGCGGCACUUACUUGAUCGGUGCCACCAUGUCCCUAAGCCAAGUGGUGUUGUCCAACUACAACCUUGUCGUGUACGGCGGAUCUUGGAUCGGUACAGACAUCCUCCGAGUGCACAUCUGCCGCUACAGAUCUGCCCCCCAAGAAUGC